AUGGAGAUUUCUGCCGUCGUACUUACUCAGUACUGUGUAGUCUCAGAAAUAUCCAUUUUUAUUAUUAUUGGUGUGUUUGGUAAUUUACAAUUGCUUUGGACGACUUAUCGCAAGCCAGUGGCACAGACUAAAUCAGGUAUUCUUCUUGCAGUGACUGCUUUCUAUCAUACGGUAUGUUUGCUAUCUGAAAUAGUGAACGCAGUCUUUAUUAUAACCGGUCGACCACUAACUAGACGUAUCUGUUACUCAUUUAUUGUAUUCUAUAUCUUUGCCAUGUGUCAACAAGCUCUGAUGACUUUAAUGAUUUCUAUUGAUUUAUUGAUCGCUCUCAUAUUUCCUAUAUGGUGCGGUAAUCCUAUUUUGCAACUGACUUAUAUCUUUUUUUUUACAGAUGAUGAAGUCAUUCCUUUCUGCAAUCCUCCGUUGGUGUCAUGUAGAAGUAAUCGUCAAAUAAUUCGACGAAUCAGUGUCAUCCUGCUCAUCUUUAUUUGUUCGUGGUUCGCUAGCACCGUUGGAAUGAAUGUAUUGCAAGUAUUCGCUUAUCCCAUAAAUCUCGUUUCAAGUGAUAACUUUCAGGUCUUCUUCUCAUUGAUCUGCUAUUCACAAACAUUCUAUGUGUGUAUUUGGCGUUCUACGGAAUAUCGUUCAGCCUUCAAGGAACAGUUACGGAUUAUGUUUUGUAGGAAAUCUCAGCCAUACUCUAAUGCCGUUGGGAUUCAAAAUCCACCUCUUUUCACAAUCUCGUCUAACAGCCGAUCACGUUCUCUACACUAG